AUGGGCAGAGCUGGGGAUCGAAGCCAGAAAUUUGAAGCUGGAAGGGAGCAGGGACUGGAACAAGGGCAAGUGAUGCUGCAGGCAAGGUAUCCGCGCCAGUGUGUCCAGUACGCGCUGAAAGCCCGCCCUCUGAGACGCUACAUCCCCAAGAACCCCUAUCAGUACCAGAUCUGGUAUGUGGUGACCUCCUACUACUUCGAGUACCUCAUGUUCUUCCUGAUCAUGCUGAACACCAUCUGCCUGGGCAUGCAGCACUACAACCAGUCAGCUGAGAUGAACCACCUCUCGGACAACUUGAACGUGGCCUUCACCAUCCUCUUCACCCUGGAGAUGUUCCUCAAGCUCAUGGCCUUCAAAGCCAAGGGCUAUUUCAGCGACCCCUGGAACGUCUUUGAUUUCCUCAUCGUCAUCGGUAGCAUCAUCGACGUCAUCCUGAGUGAGAUCGAUACGUUUCUUGCUUCCAGUGGCGGACUGUACUGCCUAAGCGGAGGCUGUAAUGGCAUUGAUUCUGCAGACAAUACCCGCGUCUCCAUCACCUUCUUCCGACUUUUCCGAGUGAUGAGGUUGGUGAAGCUGUUGAGCCGGGGGGAAGGAGUCAGGACCCUGCUCUGGACCUUCAUCAAGUCCUUCCAGGCCCUGCCCUACGUGGCAUUGCUGAUCGUGAUGCUGUUCUUCAUCUACGCUGUGAUCGGGAUGCAGAUGUUUGGGAAAAUCGCCCUGGUGGAUGGAACCCAAAUCAACCGGAACAACAACUUCCAGACCUUCCCACAAGCCAUCCUGCUGCUCUUCAGGUGUGCGACAGGCGAGGCCUGGCAGGAGAUCCUGCUGGCCUGCAGCUACGGGAAAAAGUGUGACCCCGAGUCUGACUGGACCCCAGGGGAGGAGUACACCUGUGGCACAGGCUUCGCCUACUUCUACUUCAUCAGCUUCUACAUGCUCUGCGCCUUCCUGAUUAUCAACCUCUUUGUCGCUGUCAUCAUGGACAACUUUGACUACCUCACGCGGGACUGGUCCAUCCUGGGUCCUCACCAUCUGGACGAAUUCAAAAGAAUCUGGGCAGAAUACGACCCGGAAGCCAAGGGAAGAAUCAAACAUCUGGAUGUGGUGACCCUGCUGAGACGCAUCCAGCCUCCCCUGGGCUUUGGGAAGUUCUGUCCGCACCGCGUGGCUUGCAAGCGCCUGGUGUGCAUGAACAUGCCUCUGAACAGCGAUGGCACCGUCACCUUCAACGCCACUCUCUUUGCUCUGGUGCGGACAGCCCUCAAGAUCAAGAUGGAAGGUAACUUUGAGCAGGCCAACGAGGAGCUGAGGGCCAUUAUCAAGAAGAUCUGGAAGAGAACUAGCAUGAAACUCCUGGACCAGGUCAUUCCACCAAUUGGAGAGGAUGAGGUGACCGUGGGCAAGUUCUACGCGACCUUCCUCAUCCAGGAGCACUUUAGGAAGUUCAUGAAGCGCCAGGAGGAGUAUUAUGGGUAUCGGCCCAAAAAGAACGCCAUUGCUAUCCAGGCCGGUCUGAGAAGCAUCGAAGAGGAAGCCGCGCCCGAGAUACACCGAGCGAUCUCUGGGGACCUGACCGCCGAGGAGGAGCUGGAGAGGGCCAUGAUGGAGGCAGCGAUUGAGGAAGGGAUAUAUAGGAGGACGGGUGGCUUGUUCGGUCAUGUUGACUCCUUCAUGGAGCGGAACAGCCCCCUACAGCCCCACGUGACCAGCCAGAGACCCCUGCAGUUCACCGAAGUGGGGAAUGAAGACUUGGACUCCCCUGUCUUCCUCGAUGACUUCCCCCCGGACAGGAACACCAACACCAACAACAGCAACACAGCCACACGGUAAUGCUCGGCGGUCGGAGACAGCCCCCCAGGGCGCGUGGCGGUGGGGGCCACAAGGCAAUGUGCUGUCUGUAUAAACGGCGCAGUCUCCACAAGAGAGGAACCCGACUGCGCGGCUGCUGUGAUUUGGGGAGCAGGGGGAAGCUCGGCGCUCGGGGACUGUGAGCCCGGGUGCAGCCGUGGGUGCUUGUGCGUACGUGCACAUGUGAGUGUGCACCCGUGCAUAUGUUUACUCUUGUGUGGGUCGGGCCAGACACUGGCCACCUUACUCCCCUUUAACCAUGGGAGGGUGCAGUUUCUGCCUUCAGGUCUCAGGCAAAAACAGAUGCCUGCAUUGCCCAGGUCUCAUUUACAGAGCAUGGCACACGCCUCCCCAUGGCCAGGCAGCUUCACCCCUUCACCAGUGGUUCUCAACCUAUUUAUCAUUGUGGCCCACAAAGUGUUACCUGGGCCACAGGCUAAGAACCACAGGGCCCCCCACAAACCCCUAUGCUCAGUGCCCUCCGCCCACAGACCCCUCCACAGAGUGGGGGCAGAAGCGGAGAAUUGGGUGUGGGGCAGGACGCUGCUGUGUGGGGACCCCUAACCCCGACCCCGACUGUGUGGGGCUGAGGGGCAGCCAGGACCCUGACUCCAGACCCUGCCAGGACCCCACUGUACAGGGCCCAGCAGCAGCCAUCUGCCUGGACCCUGCCACGUGGUAGCUAGUUGCCUGGUCCCAGGGCCCGCCUUGCGGCCUCUAUCACACAGCUGAGUGGGCCGCAGCUGUGUACUAAUUGGGCCGCAUGCGGCCCGCGGGCCUAGGGUGACCAGACAGCAAGUGUGAAAAAUCAGAAC